AUGAAGCCAUCCGCGGAUGUUCUUGAGAUCAUCGCUUGCACCCCUCUAAUCCUUGUGAGCUUUGUUGGAAACAUUUGUUUAUUUUACUCUACAAGGAAAUGUAUCACUGGGCGUUUACAGACAUCCUUUCUUCUAAUUUUCAAUCUUGGAUUCGUCCACCUCAUUAAAAACUCGGUGGUGAAUGUCAUGAAAAUUGUUUAUUCUUCUGGUUUCAUGUUGGAUUCGGCCGGCUGCAAAGUUCUGUACUUCACAGAGGCCCUGACGACGUCCCUGGCCAUCUGGUUCAUGUUACACUUUGCAUUGCUCUACCUCCGGAAGCUCUACCAGACUGUCCACCCCUUGAGUGAGACUCCAAACCCGGACUGUCAGGAGCAUCCCUUGAAGGUGGUUUCUGCACUUUGGGUGGCUGGAGUGGCAGUGUACAUCCCUGUAUUACUUUAUACUAGAAAAUCUGAAUACCUGCGUGCAGGAAAUGAUACAGACCCCUUGUCUACUAACAGGAUUCACAUAGACUGCCUAAUUGACUUUGGAAACAAGCAAGUAGAGUUUUACUAUGGGAAAAUAUUUUUAGUUCUGAUUGAUAUUCUUCCUUUAGCCAUCAUAGUCUUUGUCUGUUUCUGGAUGUCUUUUCUCCUUUUGGAAAGAAAGAAGAUGACAUAUGGUGACAUCUGGAUUGGAGAUGAUGAUUCAGAAACUGAAAUCCUUAGAGGAGCCAAGUUCAGUAUUUUAUUAAUGUGGCUGAUCACUCCACUCUGGAUUUCUCACUUUAUCUUAGUCUAUUUCUUGAAGGACUUGGCAGCCUGUGUCUUUUUUCCAGCUGUUCUCACAGCCCUCUCUUCAGGCUUCUCUGCUCUCAGUCCUUUUCUGCUUAUGCUGGUAAAUUACAAAAUGAAGUUGGUGUCCUUCUGUGGUGCCCAAGAGAAAAAACCCACACCACAGCCUGCAAAUGGUAUUGUUUCUCCAUACGCUUAA